CCUAAAACGACUUACAGAUAUUAGUGUAAUUUUAAGGUGCCGCCGCCCCACGGCUUGGCCCGUUAGCUCCGAGUCGCCGACCAGCAUCCAGAUUACAGCGUGCCGGACCACGGCGUCGGUUUUCCCUUUUGUUUAAAGUAGCGGGCACCGUCCCGUCCCGCCGGGCGGAUCGGGCCAUCCAGCAGAAAAGGAAAACAGCGGCGCAAACAUGGCGAGCGCUCUCAGGUCACUCAUCAACGGCGCCAAGGCGCUCGCCAUCGGCAACUCGGGCAGCAAGGCAGCGCUGCACGAGCUGUUCCCCGUCGUCGACAAGGCCGUUGACGGCGACGACUGCGACCACGACUGCGACAGCUGCUCGGUGCAGUACCCGAAGGGCUUUAAGAUCGAUGAGUCGGACGAUCUCUACGGAUUCGUCAAGGGCUGGAGCACGCACGUGCUGGUCGCCACGGGCAAGACCGACUGGGUGCGCGACAUCGCCAACGAGAAGGGCAGCGUCAUGCAAGCGAUCGCGGGCGCGAAGGGCCCAAGCAACGGGCGCCUCAUGCUCUCGGCCUCCAACAUCCCCACCCCGCACCACACGACGUCCUACUCCGAACCGACGACGGUCCUGCUCCUCCCGGCCUUCACCAUCAUCGAGAACGUGACGCCGGCCACGGUUCCGGCGCUGCUCGACUCCAUCGUCUCGCGCGCGCCGACGACCAGCUCGCCGCUCGCGCCCGUGUCGAUCCCGCGCUCGAUCGAGGCGCCGCUGCCCGAGGCAACGCCGGCGGCGCUGCGCGAGCUGACCACGCGGCCGUGCCCGCACCGCGCGCUGAUCCUGCUGUGCAGCCAGAAGACGCGCGACGCGCGCUGCGGGCAGAGCGCGCCGCUGCUGCGCCGCGAGUUCCAGCGCCACCUGCAGCCGCUGGGGCUGUACCGCGACCUGGACGACGAGCGCCCCGGCGGCGUCGGCAUCUACUUCAUCUCCCACGUCGGCGGGCACAAGUACAGCGCCAACGUCAUGGUGUACCGCCGGCGGGACGCGUUCGGCGUGGAUGCGGUGAAGAGGGCCGAGCUGAAGAACGAGGGGGAGGAUCUAAAAGUCGUGCUGCCUUUGGGACAGGAUAAUAAGGGGGAGGGGGAAGAGGAGGAAGAUGUCGGCGCCGCGCAGUGCAUCUGGCUGGCGAGAGUCAGGCCGGAGGAUUGCGAGGGGAUCGUCAAGUUCACGGUGCUGCAGGGCAAGGUGGUCAAGCCGGCUCGGCAGCUCCGCGGCGGUUUUGAUCGCGAGAAGGGGUUGUUAAGCUGGUGAUCAAGUUGCAUAGAUAGCGCAGGUGGUGAAACAGUCUGUUAGACAGGGUUGAGAGAAUGCGACUGCAAUUGCCCGAUCCAGAGCGCUCAACGACCUCAACAGCGGUCGACAGGCUCGUGCGGGGAAGUGGGGGCG